AUGGCACCAUCUACCACAACCACCGAGAACAUCAACUACGACGCCUCCCUCACCGGCGACGAGCGAGCAAAACUAGUCAAGAUCCUUGGGACUGACCGUCCGCUGGAGAAGUUCACCUACGGCGGCCAUCCACUCUCAGGAAAGCAGAUCGAGCCCGUUGACCGCGUGCGCAUUCCCAAGUUCGACUCCAAGGAGGACGAACGCGCCUUUAUCAAACUCCACCACGCCGCGGCACUUCGAUGGCUCGGCCACAAUGGCUACAAUAAUGAAGGCGCCGGCGGCCAUGUCACAGUCCGUGAUCCCAUUCUCCCUGAUCAUUUCUGGAUCAACCCGCACGCAAAAUCCUUCUCCCACAUCAAGCCAGACGAUCUGUGUCUCGUCAACGAGGAUGGAGCGGUUGUCCGUCCGGGGAACCUACACGCUGUAAACCCAGCUGGAUUUGCAAUUCAUGCUGCAGUGCAUAAAGCUCGGCCGGAUGUGCUUGCAGCUGUGCACUGCCAUUCUGUCCCAACCAAGGCCUUCUCGGCCCUGGGCUGCAAACUUGAGCCGAUUAACCAAGAUGCUUGUCGAUUCUACAACGACCACGCAAUCUACGAGAGCUUCGGUGGAAUCGUCUUCGCACAUGAAGAAGGUCGACGCAUCGCUGAAGCUCUGGGUAAUAACAAAGCAGUCAUCUUACAGAACCACGGCAUUUUGACCGUUGCAAAGACCGUCGAUGGGGCAGCAUUCUUGUUUGGUGCGAUGGAUCGGUGUAUCCAGGCCCAGCUAGCUGCUGAUGCUGCUGCCGCUGGGCGAGGAACGCAGACUAUCAAGGUUAGCCAUGAGGAGGCGGAGUAUACCCGCCGGGUUUAUACGGAUGAGAUGGAAUAUGUGAUGUUUCAGUCUUGUUUCGAGGAUGUUGUUAGGGCUUCGAAUGGGGAGUUGCCUUUCCACGUUGAUGGUGAGAUUCCGAGGACAGAUUAA